AUGGCGGUGAUGUUGACGUACGAACUCGCGCCCAACGAAUCUACGCCGACUUCCUGUGAUCCUCAGCAGAAGCUCCUCCUGCAGUGCGCCUACAGGGCCCUGGAGGACGCGGGGGUGUCCAUGGAGGGCAUCAGUGGAAGCAGAACCGGCGUUUACAUCGGUUUGAUGAACAGAGACUACGAGAUGAUCAGGAAUAACGACCCUGGGACAAUAACCCACUACAACGGCAGCGGGGACGGCCAUGAGCGUUGCAGCAACAGGAUCUUCUCCUUUAACCUCACUGGUCCUUCGCUGGCUGUAGACAGCGCCUGUUCCUCCUCCCUGGUGGCCCUGCAUGUCGCCUGCCAGGCCAUAAAGCAAGGAGACUGUGAGAUGGCGCUGUGCGGAGGGGUUAACUGUAUAAUAGAGCCGAGAGUGUUUGUCGCUCUCAGCAAAGCAAGGAUGAUCUCACCUGAAGGAACCAGCAGACCGUUCUCCGUCAGAGCAGACGGCUACGGGAGAGGAGAAGGCUGUGGCAUCGUGCUCCUGAAGUCGAUGAAAAAGGCCUUAAAGGACUGCAACAAAAUUUGGGGUGUGAUCUGCAAGACUGCUGUUAACCAAGAUGGACAUUCGGUGACUCCUAUCACCAAACCCUCCUUGACACAACAAGAGGAGCUGCUCAGAACGAUCUACUCCGACGCUGACAUCGCAAACGUGCAGUACAUCGAAGCUCAUGGAACCGGGACUCCAGUAGGAGACCCAAUAGAGGCAGCAAGCAUCUCAAAUGUCAUUGCCAAGGCCAAACCUCGAGGCUCAGAGACACUCCGGAUCGGCUCGGUGAAGAGCAACAUUGGGCACACCGAAUCUGCCGCCGGAGUGGCCGGACUGAUCAAGGUACUCCUAAUGAUGAAGCACCAAACAAUUGUUCCCUCCGUUUUCUACUCCGAGGAGAGUUCAAGUGUAGACACAAAAACUCUGAAUUUGAAAAUCCCAACUCAAAUAGAACGAUGGGAGACAACUCCACCCCUGGGAAGGGUGAGCGGGGUCAACAGUUUUGGGUUUGGGGGCACGAACGCACACGUCAUUUUAAGAGAGUACAACUAUGACGUCGUUCCCACAGAAGCCUGGCAAAAGCUCUUUGUGUUGUCGGCUGCUUCUGAGAAAUCCCUGAUCCUGACCAUGGCAGACGCCUACCAAAGACUGGGCAGCAGUCACACCCUUGACUUCCACGCAGUCUCCUACACAUCAGCAUGCGGCAGGAGUCACGUCAAACACAAAUACCGAAAAGCCUUUUUAGCCUCUUCCCUCUCGGACUUACAGCAGCAGCUCAAAUCUGCACCUAACACAGAGGUUCAGUCGGUACACGCUGACCUCCAGGUGGUCUUUGUGUUUUGUGGGAAUGGGGUUUGCUACAGGGGUAUGUGCAGGCAGUUAAUGAGGCAAGUGACGGCUUUCAAAAAGAAGGUCCAAGAAGUUGAAAUGGCCUUUCAGACGUACAGUCCCGUCAGUCUCAGUGAACUGCUUCUGGGUGAAAACGACGAUAUCGAUAUUAGCCAACCGAACGUUGUCCAGCCUCUUCUGUUUGCGGUUCAAGUUGGGAUCGCCACCCUGCUGAAGCGCUGGGGCGUUAAACCCAAGGCCAUGCUUGGCCACUCUGUUGGAGAGGUCGCUGCGGCUCACUGCUCCGGUCUUUUGUCUCUUAACGAUGCUGUGAAAGUGCUGCACCACCGCAGCACUCUUCAGAGUAGAGUCACUGGAGGAAAAAUGCUCGUCGUCAGCAACGUGGCUGUAGAAAAGGUUUUAGAGGUUCUCCCAGUCGUUGGUGGCAAGGUCUGUGUGGCUGCAUUCAACAGCCCUGAAUCCUGCACUUUGUCUGGAGAUGCAGACGCUGUGGAUGUUCUCCACGAGAGGCUGAGGCUCAUAUUUGCGGAUAGAAACAUCUUCCUCCACGUCUUAGAUGUCCCCGCUGCCUACCACAGCCAUUUGAUGGAUCCAGUUCUAGACGACAUUGAGAGGAGCAUAGGUCUUCUGAAGGCUAAAAGCACAGACUGUCAACUAUUUUCCACCGUUACCGGAGAGAGAUUUUCCAACGGUGAUUUCACUUCGGGCGCAUACUGGGCAAAGAACAUCCGGGAGCCUGUUUUAUUCGAGAAAACUCUUCAUGCUCUCUUUAAAGACAAACCACCAAAAGGAAAUCUGGUCUUUGUAGAGGUAGGACCUCGAAUGGCUCUCCAGAGGUACAUGUGUGAAACUCUUGGGGACGAAGCCAAAGUUCUCCCGUCAGUCCACCCGAAGAAAGACUGUGACACCAUCUGCUCAACUCUGGCCAGACUGUUUGAACUCGGCAUUAAUGUAGACUGGAGGGAGCUCUACCAGGGUUGUGAGACGUUACCCAGUGCUCUUCCAGUCUACCAGUUUGACAACAAACAGAACAAUCAUCUAAACGACGUGCGUCUCGGAAAUGAGUUCAAGGAAGCUGUGACCGCUUUUCAGGUUCCUGGUGAACUUGUGGAAAGUCUCCACGACUACUGCAUUCACCCUGUGGUGCUGGAUUAUUUCCUUCAAAUGACUGCGGUGGUAGCAAUGGGACAACAAGGAGCCAAGCAGGGUUUCCCAUCGCAGAUCGCAAGUCUGUCUGGAUUGGGGCUUGAGACGGUUAAGUUCAUCGCUAACAAUGGCGGAGGAGGCAUUGCGAUACUGUCAAGAGGUCUUCCGUCUGAUGAAAUCCGCUUCCAGUUGGAUCUCCUCCAGAAAAGAAAUGGGGUUACUGUCCUACACCUCCAGUGUGAUGUAUCUGAGUCGAUGCAGGUGGAGGACGCCAUCACCAAAAUUGGGAGAAGAUUUCCAUCUUGUCUAAUCAAAGGAGUGUUUCACAGUGCUGCAGUGCUGCACGAUGCGCUUAUUGAAUCCCUUGACGAGUCUCUUUUCAGAAAGGUGCUAAAACCCAAAGUCAACGGCGCUCUGAAUCUCCACUUUGCAACGUUUCACAACAAGUUAGACUUCUUUGUUUGCUUCUCCUCCAUCUCAUCAUUCAUAGGAAACGCCUCGCAGUGCAACUAUGCGGCGGCCAACUCCUUCCUUGACACAUUGUGUCAUUACCGGAGAAACCUUGGGCUCACUGGACAGUCCAUCAACUGGGGUCCUUUGAACCUUGGUCUUCUGCUCAACAAAGGCCACUUUCAGAGGUUCUUGGAGGCCAAGGGGAUGAUGACAAUGGCCGUGCACGAAAUUCACGAAACUCUUACAAAGUGUCUGUUAAUGAACAGGCCGCAGCAGGGAAUUUGCAAAUUCAACUUCAAGAACCUCAACUUAAACGUCCUUUCACAAAAUCCAUCUCUCAGGGAGAGAAUGGCAAGUUUAGUGGAAACAGCACUUAAAGACGAAAUACACGAAACCCCCAAAGUUGAGCGUUCAUUAACAACUCCUGAGACACUGAGGAUAAUUGUCAGUGAAAUUCUCAAUGUAAAUGCAGACAAAGUCGAUGAUGAGUCCUGUCUGUCAGCGAUGGGCAUUGACUCGAUGUUAGCCAUGACUCUGCAGAACAAAAUCUACCAGGAAACAGAGAUAAAUGUGCCUUUGGUCACCAUUCUGGACCCCAACACCACACUUGCCACUUUAGUAAAUUUUGUGCAAAACAGCGUUUAG